GCGAGACUAUUUAAAAAAGAAAAAAAGAAAAAAAAAAAGAGCGAGAGAUGCAUAGGGGAGGCGAGUGGAGAUGGCGGGCGGAAGGGGAGGGGAGGCGAGUGGAAGUGGAGGGGGGAGAUGGCGGCCGGUGGCAAUGGCGGACGGCAGGAGUGGAGCGCAGCAGAAGCGAGCGGAAGGGGAGGGGAGGCGAGCGGAAGCGGAGGGGGGAGAUGGCGGCCGGUGGCAAUGGCGGGUGGCAGGACAGGAGCGCAGCAGAAGCGAGCGGAAGGGGAGGGGAGGCGAGCGGAGGCGAAGGGGGGAGAUGGCGGCCGGUGGCAAUGGCGGGCGGCAGGACAGGAGCGGAGCAGAAACGAGCAGAAGGGGAGGGGACGCGAGCGGAGAUGGAGGGCGGAACGGAAGGGAGGCGAGCGGAAGUGGAGGGGGAGGGAGAAAACGGUGGGGCAGCCAGCGGAAGCAAUGGCCUUUGCAGCAGGGGGAAAAUGGCAGGCGGAGAGGGGAAAUGGCGAGGAAGUGAGCGGAAGAGGUGGGGGAAUGAAGGGCGGAGGGGAAAACUGGUGGGCGGAGGCGGAGGGGGGAAAUGGUGGGGCAGCGGAGGAGAAAGGUCGGCGGAGAGGGUCGGACAGGGCAGCAAGCGGAGGCCCCUCGAAGGUUCUUGGACAGGGCAGCAAGCGGAGGCGUGGGGGGAAUGGCGGGCUGAGGGGGAAAAUGGCGGGCGGAGGCAAUGGGCAGAGGGGGAAAUGGCGGGCGGAAAUGGCGCGCCAGCAAGCGGAGGCGUGGACGGAAUGGCGGGCGGGCACAGGUGGAAAAGGGCAGACGGAGGGAGAGGGGGGAGAAAUGGCGGGUCAGCAAGCGGAAGCAGAGGCCUUCGCAGCAGGCGGAGGAGGAGGGGGGAAAUGACAGGGCAGCGAGCGGAGGCGUGGGGGGAAUGGUGGGUGGAGGCGGAGGGCGGAGGGGGAAAUAGCAGGCGGAGGGGGGAAACAGCGGGCGGAGGCGGAGGGCGGAGGGGGAAAUGGCGGGCGGAAACGGCGUGCCAGCAAGCGGAGGCGUGGGCGAAUUGGCGGGCGGCGCGCGUGGAAAAGGGUGGGCGGAAGCGGAGCGGGGGGAAUGGCAAGUCAGCAAGCGAAAGAGAAGGGGCGGCGAAGGGGCGGAGGAGAGGGCCGGCGGAGGGGGUGCGGAAGAGAAGGGGCAGUGGAGCGGUGGAGGAGAAGGGCCGGCGGAGGGGGUGCGAAAGAGAAGGGGCGGUCGAGGGGCGGACGAGAAGGGCCGGCGGAGGGGGUGCAGAAGAGAAGGGGCAGAGGAGGUGCGGAGAAGAAGGGCCGGCAGAGGGGGUGUGGAAGAGAAGGGGCAGCGGAGGGGCAGAGGAGAAGGGCCGGCGGAGGGGGUGCGGAAGAUAAGGGGCGGAGACUACGCCGGUGGAGUGGGCUCUCUCUCCCUCUCUCUCUCUCUCUCUCUCGCUCUCGCUCGCUCGCUAGC